UUUAAAGUACAACUUCACGAUGAAGUCAUCUCGUAUGAAACCACUGUUCACAAGAGCCCGUGUAACAUUGAAAAAGCUUCUAACAGGGGAUGAUAAAGAUGACGCCAAAGAGUUGUCAACAUUUAUACAGCGAAGGCUGGCGAGCGAUGCAGUCGCUGUAGUGGGACAGGAAAAAUGCAUGAUGGACGCGUGCAGCAUCGGACCCUGCUGCCAGGAACCGCGAGUGGUCAUUGUCGGCGCCGGCAUGGCGGGUCUUUCCGCGGCAUACAGGCUCAACCAAUGCGGAAUACGCAAUUUUGUAGUUCUCGAGGCCAAAGAAAGACCUGGAGGAAGAAUUCAUUCCUGUUGGCUUGGAGACUCUGUCAUAGAAAUGGGUGCGGAGUGGAUCUAUGGAGCUUGUCUUCCUAAUUCAGUAUAUACUCUCGCAUCACAAGACAGGCUUCUACAAAUGCCAUUACCUCGCUUAGACCCCUCACGUGGUUUGUUCUGCACUAGCGAAGGACGUGCAGUUGAUUUGCCCGUAACAAUUACAGCUUACCAUACUUUUCGGCAAAUAGAACAGCAAGCAGCAAAUCUUUUCAGACUAGGUGGCGACUGUUGUCAUGGAACUUUACUUAAUUUUAUCGGUUUGCGUAUACAACAAGAAUUGCACAACUUUCCAGAAGACCAGAGGUAUGAUGCUGCCCGAGUGAUGUUUGGUUUGAGUAAUAUCUUGCGAAAUAGGUGUGGUGAUGAUUUGUCCCUUGUCAGUGCUGAUCAAUACGGAAGUUACAUUGAACUACCUGGAGGAAGUGUUAGAGUUCCGUUAGGAUACGUAGGAGUGAUGGCUCCACUACUUCGAGGCUUACCAGAUAAUAGCAUACGCUACAAUAAAGCUGUAAAUGUGAUCCGAUGGGGUGAAGGCGCUACUGGUCCUGGCAGAACAUUGGUCAAGUGCUGCGAUGGCGAAGAAAUAUCAGCAGAUUAUGUAAUCGUUACAAUAUCUUUGGGUUGCCUUAAAUGCCAGGCUGAUAAACUGUUUGCCCCGCCUCUUCCCGGAUGUAAAUUGGAUGCCAUUUGCAAUUUAGGUUAUGGGCUUUCUGAUAAAGUGUUUCUUGAAUAUGCGGAGCCAUUCUGGGUGUGUCACGAAGGUAAUUUAAAACUAGCUUGGUCUGCUGAGGAGUUGCAAUGCCGAUGUGAUUGGACUCGCGGUGUGUGUGCUGUAGACGAAUUGCCUGGUAGUAAGCAUGUUUUGUGCGCUUGGGUUUCGGGACAAGAGGCCGCCGCGAUGGAAUCUAUGGUAGACAACGAUGUGGCAGAAGGAAUAACGUUAUUACUGCGACGCUUUACUGGUAAUCCAUGUUUACCUUACCCCCAAAUGAUGCUACGAUCAAGAUGGGCUUCUGAUCCUCACUUCUGCGGGGCCUACUCGUACAUGAGCUGUUGUUCUACUGUGAGCCACCAAUGCGAGCUGGGCACGCCUGUGCCUGGUCCGUGUGAACCUGUGGCGCCAAAGCUACUGUUUGCCGGCGAAGCAACAGUCCCUGGAUUUUUCGCUACUGUACACGGAGCCAGAUUAAGUGGGAUCCGUGAAGCCGAACGUGUCGUACUCCUUACCAAAAAGUUCGAAGGACCGCCUCGAUGACGCAUACGGGUGGCUUGGUGUCCGUCUAUGAGUGGUGUGGUGUCAAAUGUGUGUAUGGUUGGACCGGCAUAAAAAUGCAAUAAGUAUAAGCCGGUCGAGAUUUCGCUAUACUAUCGCCACUUCACUUAUUGCGUUUUGUUACGAUUUAGUCUUGUCAGGGAAGAAAUUUGUGUUAAUAAACAUUGCUAAUUUACAACACAAAUACGACUUUAUUUUAAUAGAUAUGGGAGCGGUCACCACCGGUAUCCCUUAAGUUCCGGUACUACUAAACUAUUAUUCCGAUCCGUUAUUUAAAAACUUACUAGUACAUUAAUAGUCACAGAAAUUAAACCCCGGUUGUUGUGGGUUACCGCCGUGCAGUGUGAGAAAAAAACCUGUAAUAACAUAAAACAUACCCUAUAUUAGAUUCAGGGGGUUAGGUCCUUUGAAACUGUAAUAAAUUCAAUCACCUUACUGAUGAUCCCAAGUAUUCCAACCAUAUGGGACAAGGCCAAUUUUUAUUUUGUUGUUGAAUUUUUUUCGUCACAUUUCGAUAAAAUUUGGCUGGUGUGAAGAGAUCCUCAUUCUGGGCGGGAUAAAUACGAAAUCACAACUUUACCCGAAAAAAAUUAACUUAUGUAAUUUUAAACUUAUUAAAUUAUGUAAUAAAAAUUUUAGAUUUUUUGGAAAUACGGUGAAACUGCGCUUAUAUUGGAUAGAAUAGGGAACUCUAUUUACCAAAAUAAAAAUGGGCCACGUGCAUGUCGGGUCAUGCUCAGUGUAGGGUUUCGAAGUUACCAUUCAGUCAGAACCGGCCAAACGG